AUGGGAAAAGAGAAGGGACACGGUGAGUUUCGCAUCCGUUGCAUCUUACGGAAAUCGCUCUACUCCGGUCGUUGCACCUGUUGUGCGUGUGUGCGCGGUGGCUGAUCCGUUCCGCAUCCCAUCCUCCCUUUUGCCCUGCGCUGCGCUGCGCUGCCCUGCGCUGCCUACUUUCUACGGCCGACACCCAACCCCCGUCCGCGCUAUCCAUGCCCCUCUGUGACUGCAUAUAGUUAACGUCGUCGUUAUCGGCCACGUCGAUUCCGGCAAGUCGACCACCACCGGUCACUUGAUCUACAAGUGCGGAGGUAUUGACAAGCGUACCAUCGAGAAGUUGUGAGUUUUCGCCCUCCACGACGUCGUCAGCGUACGGGUGCGGGAUGGACGGCCAGUUGCGCUCUCGCGGGCGCCCCGUCGCCGUCCUUCCUCCGCGGCGCCGGCGCUCGCCCGCAGCCCACCGCUCGCUGAAAAAACGGCGGUGGCGGCCUGCGCUGGGGACCGCGACGAACGCUCCGCCCUCGGCUCCUGUAUCUUCCGGUGGCGUGUUCAUCGCUGCUGAUCUUUUCUUCAUCGUCUUUGGUCUGGCUUCACCGUGACACAGCGAGAAGGAAGCCACCGAACUCGGCAAGGGUGAGUCCGAUUGCGCUCUCCAUCGCUCGAGCCGUCGUCGGCCACGAGGUUGCGUCACUCGCGCUUCCGCGUGCAAAGGACGCAUCUCGGGCCGCGACGUGGCUCCGAGUGCGCAAGAGGCGUAGAAUCGUUGCAGGCAUGGUGCAGAUGGCUGAACUAGCCCAACCCGUUUUGGCCCCCACUCACUCUCUAGGCUCCUUCAAGUACGCCUGGGUUCUCGACAAGCUGAAGGCCGAGCGUGAGCGUGGUAUCACGAUCGACAUCGCCUUGUGGAAGUUCGAGACCUUGAAGGUGAGUACCGCUCCCGUCGCGAACACGCGCACGGCAUUUGAGUACUCUGCAAUUGGAGACUGACUUGGGUUCCGCCCUCUCCCCUCGCAGUACAUGGUCACCGUCAUCGACGCCCCCGGUCACCGUGAUUUCAUCAAGAGUGAGUUGCGGCUGUUUCUAUCUUCACAGCCGACGGACCGCUGAUAAGCCCACCUUCCCACUCCUCUCGCGUCACAGACAUGAUCACCGGUACCUCGCAGGCCGAUUGCGCCAUCCUCAUCAUCGCCGCCGGUGUCGGAGAAUUCGAAGCCGGUAUCUCCAAGGAUGGUCAGACCCGCGAGCACGCUCUCCUCGCCUUCACCCUCGGUGUCCGUCAGCUCAUCGUUGCCAUCAACAAGAUGGACACGACCAAGUACUCCGAGGCCCGCUACGAGGAAAUCGUUAAGGAGACGUCCAACUUCAUCAAGAAGGUCGGCUUCAACCCCGCCGCGGUUGCCUUCGUCCCCGUCUCGGGCUGGCACGGAGACAACAUGUUGGAGGAGUCCCCCAACAUGUCGUGGUUCAAGGGAUGGACCAAGACGACCAAGGUCGGCUCCGCCAAGGGCAAGACCUUGCUCGAGGCCAUCGAUGCCAUCGACCCCCCCUCGCGCCCCACGGACAAGCCCCUCCGUCUCCCCCUCCAGGAUGUCUACAAGAUCGGUGGCAUCGGCACAGUGCCCGUCGGCCGAGUCGAGACCGGCACGAUCAAGGCCGGUAUGGUCGUCGUCUUUGCGCCUGCCAACGUCACGACCGAAGUCAAGUCGGUCGAGAUGCACCACGAGCAGCUCGAGGCCGGUCUCCCCGGAGACAACGUCGGCUUUAACAUCAAGAACGUUUCCGUUAAGGAUAUCCGACGUGGUAACGUUUGCGGUGACACCAAGAACGACCCCCCCAAGGAGGCCGCUUCGUUCAACGCCCAGGUCAUCGUCAUGAACCACCCCGGUCAGAUCGGUAACGGUUACGCACCGGUCCUCGAUUGCCACACCGCCCACAUUGCGUGCAAAUUCGACACCCUCCUCGAGAAGAUCGACCGUCGUUCGGGCAAGUCGAUCGAAGACACUCCCAAGUUCGUCAAGUCCGGUGACGCCGCCAUCGUCAAGAUGGUCCCCUCCAAGCCGAUGUGCGUCGAGUCCUUCUCCGAGUACCCCCCUCUUGGACGAUUCGCCGUCCGUGACAUGCGUCAAACCGUCGCUGUCGGUGUCGUCAAGGUGAGUCUUUUGUCGUAUCGGCUUGUCGGUGAGAUCGUUGCUCUACAGUUGCUGACUAAAUCCCUCCCCCGCGCGCGCGUCGCCCCUGUCUCCCCCUUCGCCCCCUCCGCCUCUCUCCUUCACCCUCUCCCCUCCUCGACCUUUCGAUGAUACUUCUAAACAAUUACAACCCCUAAAGAGCGUUGAGAAAACCGAUGGCCGAGGUGGAAAGGUUACGAAGGCCGCCGAGAAGGCCCAAAAGAAGAAGUAA